AUGGCUUCAUCCUCGCUCACCUCAGCAGCGGCAGCGGCCACGGCCACCGCCUCCAACCGUGCCACUCCUCAAGGCGGCAUCCUCGAGGGCUCCAAUCCCACCCACUACAACCCUAAGGACCCUAUUAUCAUCUUCAUCAUCCAGGCCGGUAUCAUCAUCAUCUUCUGCCGCUUGCUGCACUACCCGCUGCAGCGCCUGCGCCAACCUCGCGUCAUCGCCGAGGUCAUCGGUGGCAUCUUGCUGGGCCCUUCCGUCUUGGGCCGCAUCCCACAUUUCACGGAGACCAUAUUCCCCACCGCCAGCAUGCCAAACUUGAGCCUCGUCGCAAACCUGGGACUGGUGCUGUUUCUGUUCCUUGUCGGCCUCGAGGUUGACCUGAGAUUCUUGGUCAGCAAUUGGCGCGUUGCUUUGAGCGUUGGCUUGGCGGGCAUGGCUCUGCCGUUUGGUCUUGGCGCUGCUAUUUCGUAUGGCCUGUAUCAUGAAUUCCGAUCUGAAGAGGGAACAGUGCCCGUGAACUUUGGUGUCUAUCUGCUCUUUAUUGGUGUGGCUAUGGCUAUCACGGCUUUUCCUGUCUUGUGCAGAAUCUUGACCGAAUUGAAGCUCAUCACAACACCUGUGGGUGUUAUCGUACUCUCAGCCGGUGUGGGCAAUGACGUCGUGGGCUGGGUAUUGCUCGCACUCUGCGUGGCUCUCGUAAAUGCUGGCACCGGCCUCACGGCACUCUGGGUGCUACUUACUUGUGUAGGAUACUCGCUUUUCCUAGCAUUUGCCAUUCGUCCCGCCUUCAUGUGGGUACUCGUAAAGACACGCAGUCUUCAGGAUGGCCCAAGCCAGGGUGUCGUCACCUUGACCCUCCUUCUGGCCUUGACGUCGGCCUUUUUCACCGGCGUCAUCGGCGUGCAUCCUAUCUUCGGUGCCUUCAUGGUCGGACUGAUCUGUCCCCACGAGGGAGGCUUCGCCAUCAAAGUCACUGAGAAAGUCGAGGACUUGGUCAGCGCGUUGUUCCUACCGCUCUACUUUGCGCUGUCGGGUCUCAGCACAAACCUUGGACUGCUUGACAGUGGCAUGGUGUGGGCGUACGUCAUCGGUGUCAUUGCAGUUGCUUUCUGCGCCAAGUUUAUUGGUGCGACUCUGGCUGCUCGCGCUAAUGGGCUGGUCUGGAGAGAGUGCUUCACUAUCGGUUCUUUGAUGAGUUGCAAGGGCUUGGUUGAGUUGAUUGUCCUGAACAUUGGACUUCAAGCGAAGAUUCUCAGCCAAAGGACGUUCACUAUAUUCGUCGUCAUGGCCUUGGUUACCACCUUCGCUACCACUCCGUUAACCAUUGCGCUGUACCCUCCUUCCUACCAGAAGAAGCUUGAGGCAUGGAAGCGGGGCGAAAUCGACUGGGACACUGGUGCUCCGCUCACUGGCCACGAUGAAGCCAGCGGCGCCGACAGCCUUGCCUAUGAAAAACUUGAGGGCACCAAGGUCCAGCGCAUCCUCGUCUACUUGCGUUUAGAUAAUAUGUCCGCCCUGCUCCCCUUCGUCUCCCUUUUCGGAGGUGAACCUCGGCAAUCCAAGCCCGCUCACCAUCCAUCGAUGAGCGCUGGAGACGAGCAAUCCGGAACGCCACCCAAGAGGCCCGUCCAGGCUCACGGCAUGCGUCUUCUGGAGCUAACCGAGCGUAGCUCCUCCGUCAUGAAGGUAUCGGAGGCGGAGGAGUACGGGAUUCAUGACCCUAUUGUCAACACCUUCCGGACAUUUGGCUACCUCAACAAUCUCGCCAUAUCCGGAGAGGUCGCUGUUAUCCCAGAAACUUCGUUUGCCGGCACUCUUGUCUCCAAGGCCUCGGAUGCAUCCUCCGACAUGAUCAUCCUCCCCUGGAGCGAGACGGGUAAUAUGUCGGAGCUAUCCGUCAUUUCCCAUGAAGCAGUGCGGCACAAGCUCGACGCCAAUACGUAUAACAGCUUCGUAACUUCAGUCCUCGACAAUGCAACCUGUGCAACCGCCAUAUUCAUCAACGGUGAAUUUGGUGGUUCAGCCUCCAAAGAGCGUCAGAAGAUCAGUCGCUCGGUUUCACACCUCUCGCUGCGCUCUGAGAACCGCAGCACUGUUGCCCAGGCGCCCUCGAACCGCUCGCAUCACGUAUUCUUCCCCUUCUUCGGCGGAGCCGAUGACCGCGCCGCCCUUCGCCUCGUCCUUCAGCUCGCCGAACACCCGGACGUUACGGCCACAAUCGUGCAUUUUGAGGCGCCGCGCACCCACGCACGUGCUUCGUCGGCCAGCACCGAAGCAUCUGGGCCUGUUACCGGCUCGCACAAACACCCUGCUGCUGCGACGGCGGCGGCACACGAUGACGCGGAGGCGGACGCGGCUUUCUUCUCGUCACUGCGCGCUUCGCUGCCUGCGUCCCUAACGUCACGCGUGGCGUUCGACGCUGUUACGACUUCGCUCCCAUCGGAUUCUCUCACGACUGCAGCGCUGGAGCGCGCGCGGGAGGAACUGGGCCAGAAUCCUCGCAAUGCGGGGGAUGUGGUUGUGUUGGGGCGGCGGCGGCGGGAUGGCGUGGAGCUGGAAGAGGUAGAUGAUGGGGUGAGUGUACAAGCGCAGAAUUGUUUGGGCGUGUUGGCGGAGAAGGUGGUGAGAGUGGGGGUGAGAGCUAGUGUGUUGGUUGUACAGGCGAGGGGGGCUGCUGCGUCAUGA